AUGUAUGUUGUUGUGUUGUGUGUGCGUGGUGAUUUGUGUUAAAUGCUGAUCAAAAGAAAUUAAUUAAAAUCAGGUAUAUUUUGACGAUGAAACUUACAUAAAUGUGAAGGAAAAGAGUGUGGAGUGUUAUCAAGUGCUAGUGAAUCCGUCGGGAGGCGGUAAUCUCAAGUUGGCGAAGGCACGCAGGGGUAUGAUCAAGGAGAAGGAGAAGGGCGGAGGCGCCCGGCUCAAGGACGAGCCCAGCGACCCCGCCGAACCAGGCCACGGUUCACGGCCGCCGUCAGCGUCGCUGCCGACCCCGGCGGCGCUGAAGAAGGAGCCAGAUGAACCACAGCACAGGGUCAAAAUGGAACCCCACAGCCAGUCUGGUGGCGACGACCCUUCAGCCGACCUCGGCGUCGACGGGAUAAAGACAGAAAUUGACGGACUAAUGGAGAAUGACGGUGAUCCGACUAAGUCCCCAUCCUGUGAGAUGGGAGGGCCUGGUUCGUUGAAGUCGGAACGCCUUUCUUCAGACUCCAACGACAUAUUGGAUCCACAGACUGGCCUUCGUGGGUCUACAGGAAACAUGCAGGAUGGCAACCAAAACUGUCGCAACCCAAACGGAGGCCCCGAAAAUAUGGGUUCCUGUCGUAUGGGCAAUACGGGUGGCAUGGGGCCUGGCGUGUCAAUGGGGCCUAUGUCAGCCAGUGAGGCGCAGACCCUGCCUUCUAACGUCAUCAGCAAACAGGCUGGCAGUAUGGAGCAGCAAAGCCAGAUCUUCGUGUUUUCGACGCUGCUGGCUAACAAAGGCGCGGAGUCCGUCAUAUCUGGGCAACAUCACUCCAUUAUCGCAUACCAUUGCGCGCAGCCUGGCACUAAGAAAUAUCUUGAGAAGCACCCCCUCAAAAUGGGCCAAUUCAACAAACAAAGCCCUGCACAGUGGCUCAACAAUCUUGCCAUGGCCAAGACCCGCGGUGGCAUGCGCGGCGGUCCCAACAUGAUGGGAGGCCCCAACCAAAUGGGUCACAUGAUGGGUGGGCCAAUGGGGCCCAACAUGGGACCUAUGGGUCACGCUGGCAUGGGUCACAUGGGGCCUAAUAUGAUGGGUCCAAAUAGAAUGGGUGGGCCCGGCAACCAGAUGAUGAUGAUGAAAGGUGGACCCGGACAGAUGGGGCAGAUGGGUCCGGGGAUGGGCCCGAUGGAUGGGUUUCCAGGGGGCACCCCGUCCUGUGGUGUCAUGGACGGCCUCGGUGCUGAUGGUGAAAUGCCCUGGGACACCAAAAACCCCUCCGUAAUGGCGAAUGGCAUGCCGAAUGGGUGUGGGCCGAUGCCGCCGUGUUCAGAAGGCGGGCCCGCGCCCUCUGACCCGGCAACCAGCGGCCCGCCCGAUACUAAUACGUCGUCUGAACCUUGCCAGCAGGGACCUAAAGGUGUGAAAAUACCGGACGAAAACCUCACACCGCAGCAGCGGCAACACCGCGAGGAACAAUUGGCGACUAUACGCAAAAUGCAGCAGAUGUUGUUCCCAGAGAGCGGGGGACCCAAUCCCAACCAGGGCCCGAACGACAACAACCAGCCCCCCAACGACAUCAACCCUCCAAACUCAAAUGCAAACAUGAACAUGCCGUUCCCACCUAUGUCCGGAAUGGGCCCAAACGGACCCAUGGGUUCAGGCCCAAAUGGACCAAUGGUGUCCAUGCCUAACAGCAUGAAUUCCGGACCAAGUUGUACUAUGUCCGGACCUAUGGGUCCGAAUGGACCUAUGGGACCAAAUGGACCAAUGGGCCCAGGUCCAAUGGGACCUGGCGGACCAAUGGGCGGUCCGAUGGGUGGUAUGGGUGGGCCUGGUGGUAUGGGGAUGGGCGGACACGGUUCUAUGGGGCCUAAUGGCAUGAUGGGGCCUAACGGGCCGAUGAUGCCGGGUAUGGGUCCUAAUGGACCUAUGGGUCCGAUGGGGCCUUGUGGAAUGAAGGGCAUAAGAGGUCCUUGUGGCGGACCUGACAUGAAAGGAGGGAUGUGUACAGAUAUGCAUAUGGGAAGGGGUUGCGGAGGUCCUAUGGGGCGAAUGCCGAACCCUAUGGGUGGAAUGGGCGGGCCUAAACCUUGCAUGAUGGGUGGACCACAUAUGGGCCCCAGAAUGAUGCCAGGGCCUAAUAUAAAUGCUAUGAAUGGUGGUAUAAUGAUGGAUGGCGGGAUGAUGGGCGGCAUGGUAGGACAUGGUGACUGCGGGCCGGACCACCACUCCAUGCCUAAUGGGCCCAUGUGCGACGAGUAUGGACGUGGGCGCAAUAUGGGCCCGGGCGACCCUGGCGGGCUCGGCCCCGGGAUGCACAAGGGUGGCCUCCGAAGCCCCAAGAGCCCCGCCACAGACAUCGACUGGCAGAAGAUACACCACCAGUUCUUCGACGACCCCAAGUCCAUGGACAAUGAACUCAGUACACAAGUGAAGUCCCCCUGCUCAGAAAGGGGGGGUUGUCUGCCGCCUCCCCCCUACGGCGCCUCUCCCCUACACAGAUCCGCCUCCGUACCUAUAGCAACGCAAUCCCCCGGCCACGGCUCCGUUCAAAUGCCCAUGUCGGCGGAGGCGUCGCGAGCAGGGUCGGGCCUCAACAGCCCCGCGCACUGCAAGCCGGGUGGGCAGAAACAAGACGCGCCAGAGAUUCUCGAGAAACUAGACGAUGGUGUGUUUGUGAGGACACUGCAGUGCCUCGCGGCUCAGCAGCAGAAGAACCAACAGUCACACUCGAAGGAGCCGAGUUUGAUGCCCGUGCCUUCGCCACAACAGAUCUCAUACCUCAACCAGUUCGAAGGUCAAGAGUUGACGAUACAGAAGCAGCCGAAUACGUCGCUCAAAGACAACGGCCCGCCGUCGAAUAGCGGUGGGCAGACGCCGCAGUCGAGUUCUAACCAGAAAUCGCCGGCCGGCAUGAUGCCGGGAACUCCAGAGCCACACUCAUCUCUCUCAGAACAACGGGCGGGGAGAUUCUCAAUGGAACAGAGUCCAGGGUUCAACAACCCGCAGACGCCGACCUCGCAAGCCAGCAAUAAAUGUGGUCAGAACGAGAAAUCCCGCCCAAGUCCGUCGUCAAACAGAUCGAGUCAAGACAACGCGUCGAAGACACCGCAAAGGGACUCCGGUGGCGGGCCGUACGCGCCCUCGUCGGUGCCGUCGUCGUGCGCCGGCAGCGUCAAGAGCAGCUGCAGUGUCGCUAGCACAGCCAACACUGUCUCUUCUGGGGGGAUGGACGAUAAUAACGCAGAGACGACGUUAUCAGGCGGUCCGAACAGCACAAGCUUACCCGGCCCGUUCCCGGGGCCUUGCAGUAUGACGAGGCCCGACAACAUUCCCAUCAACCCGAACCAGGGGCCUAACGGGCCUAUGGGCACAUCCACGUCUUCCUUCGACCCCAUAUCCUCGCUCGCCCAGAUGUCGCAACAACUCACAAACACCGUCGGCGGAGGCGGCGGCCCCGGCCCCGGGGGGCCUAUGGGCCCCAAUGGCGGCGGAAUGGGCCCCUUCGGAUCGGGGCCUCAUCACAUGCAGCACCACCACUCUAUGCAUCCUCAUGCACAUCCACAUAUGAUGAUGAAUGACUUAGGAUGCCAUAUGGACAACAUGGGCGGCCCUGGAAUGGGAGGUCCAAUGGAGGCAAUGAUGGGCGGCGGCGACUUCCCACCAGACAUGAACCUCAGCCCGAAAAUGGGUGGAGGCCCCAUGGGCGGGCCUAUGGGCCCCAUGGGUCCCGACGGUGGAAUGAUGGGCCCAAGGAUGGGUGGCCCAGGCAAAAUGCCUCCUUUCAACGGAGCAAACGUUCAAGUGAAAGCGAGCGCACCCAACACGAUACAGUAUCUCCCUACGAGGCCUCAAAUGCCCUGCAAUUCCGGCCCUAGAGGUCCGCCCAGUUUAGACUUCCUACAAAGAGUGACGAACCCCAUGCAGAUGGACAGCAGUAAAGGCGGCGUGCAAUACUUCCCCGGGCCGAGGGGCAUGGAGAUGGAGGGCGGCAUGCGCGGCGUCAUGAGGGCGCCGGGCAUGCUCAGAAUGCCACACUACCCCCAAGGGUUCAACUCGCCCCCAAAAAUGGCCGGAGACCCCUUCGGCGGGCCCGGCCCUAACCCCAUGUGCGGGCCCAACUUCAGAGGAGUGAAAGGCGGCAUGGGGCCUGGUAACGUGAGGAUGGGCACGGGCCAGCCGCUGCCGCCGUCCAUGGGCGGGCCCAACCCCGGCUUCAAGGGGCAGGGGUUCAGCGUGCCGUCGACGGCCGACCCCAACUACGCGGCGCAGUUCCACAACUUCCAGCAGCAGCUGUACGCCACGGGCAGCCGCGCCGCGCAGCCGCACCCCGGGUACCCGCCCUACCAGCCGUCCAAGUGAUGGCUGCCCGACGCUCACGGCGCGGCCCGCGGCUAGUGAUACGGACACUACACCACCACGUGUGCUAGUCACUCGGUGACUACCGAACGGAUCUACGACAUGGCCUGUCAAUACUAUUAAGUUUUGUAAUUAUUAUUUUACAUUGCAGACUGAACGGAGAACGUUCUCCGCUGAGAAACUCGAGCGUACUUAAUGUAUUUUAAUUAUACACCAGUGAAUGAGAGAUCAAAUAUUUUGUUAGUGAUUUUCGUUAAUCCGCGUUUAAAUGAGAUUUUUGCAUAAAACAUGUGUUUUCGAAUUAUGUUAGCGUAUUAUCGAUUUAGGUCGUUAUUCUAGGUUUCCUGACUGAUGAUGAUUUUUAGUGAAUGGGAGGAUGCGUUUGUACAAAUUGUACAAAGGUUUUUAGACGUGUUAUCGUGUACUCUACAUAAUUUAAAGUACAUUUUUAGAUAUAUUUUGCUUAUGGCAAUAAACUAGUUUUUAGACGAGUUUUUUUACACAGACAAUGCCAGAAUUUCAGUGUAUUGGUUCCUUUACUUAGCUAUUUUAUGUAUGAUUCCUAUGCACACAGAUAUCUAGUCAAUUUUGAAAUUAAUGACGCCCGAACCUGUGUUGAAAUGUAAUCUAUCAAUCGAAUCCGCAGUUUGGUUACUUUAUAAUAACACAGAAGUACAUACUUAGUAACAAUAUGUUUUGUCCAUUUUAUUUUAAGUUUAAUUAGUGAAAUUGGUUUUAAUGUAAUUAUCUUGGCUCUGUGGCCAGUAAUACUUUGGAAUUAGUACCAGUUAGUAACUACGACUGUUUACUUUCUAUGAUCUGAAUAGCAAUGAUUUUCUGUCUUCCAGUAAAUAGUAAACUCCAUACAAUGACGAUCAGUACAUAUUUUGUACACUACGCUGCAAUCUUACUUUUGUUUUAAAAGUACUUAAAAUCUGAUGCCAUAUUGUUUGCCACAUGAAUUUAGUUCGGUGAUAUUUUUAACUGUCUUAUUUAAUUUAUUGUCUUAUAUUCAGGAAGCGACGUUUCGUCAUAGUGCGUAAUUGGUAUGCUAGGUUAGAAUCGCACAUUGUGGUUGGCGCAGUGGCCUUCAACAUAAACUGCCUUGUUUAUACGCAAUGAACCCCGAGAGAUGCAAACGCUUAGGUAUAUUACAGACUAGCGGUUGACCGCGCGCGCACUGUAGAGCGACAACGACCUUUUGGCACUUGGCCAUAAUCGGAACUAACGCCGCGUCCUAUGAAAGGGUUGUUCUUCGAACACCGGAAGUCAAUAUCAUUACCGUGAACGCAAAAAUAUCCUAGAACCAUUUGUAUUUAUACAAAUAUCCAGUUAGGACAGUAUAUGUCGCCAACUUACGUAAGUUGUAACUAGAUAUUUGCAAAAAAAAACAAAGAUUCUAAGAUAUUUUUGCGUUCACGGUAA